GUGGAACAUAUUGAACGACAUACACGUACUUUGAUGUACCGACGUGCUUUUUGUGUAUCGACCUCGUAGUCUUCGAUUUUUAAUAUUUUGCAGUUAAGAAAUAACGAUGACGCGUACAAACACCAUCAGCCGUACGGUCGAGAUUGGCCUCCGUUUCAUCGGCAUGUGGCCGGGCUCGGCGUAUCCGAAUCUUUAUUGGUUUAGCUACAUGACAACAGUAGUAAUAGUGCAAUAUUAUCAAUAUGCGUACAUAUUCGCACAUUUUGACUUGAACGAUCUUUGGCUCCUCAUGGACUGUCUUAGUCUUACCCUGGCGUACAGCCUCGCUUUUCUCAAACUCCUUGUUCUGUGGUGGAACCGUCGGAUAUUCUAUUACAUUGUGAAGGCGAUUGAUCAAGACUGGAGUGAGUGCGUAAAUAAUGUUUCAUAUAGGUCCACGAUGACGAGCAUGGCGGACACGUCGAGCCGCUUUGCUAAUGUAAUGUUUAGUCUCUAUGCCUUCUCUGCUUUCUUUCUGUCGAUUGGCGAGCAUUUAAUUCAAUCGAUGGACGAUGUUGAUCAGUUCGGCAAUAGUUCUCGAGAACUUCCCAUAAAAAUGGAAUUCCCUUUCGACGUUAGCGAAUCGCCGAUUUUUGAGUGUUUUUUAAUCGGACAAUUUCUUUACGAUAUGGUAAUAGCUUUUGUGGUCGGCUUGAUAAACGCGUUACUCGUUGCAUUGGUACUUCAUGUGAGCGGUCAGAUUGACAUUAUGCAGCAAAAUUUGGUUGAAAUUUCUAACGGGAAAUACGAUCGUAGCACAUUCCUACUUGUUAUCAAAGGUCUCAUUUGCAAGCACCAAAAGAUUAUUACUUUAUCGGAAAAUAUCGAGAACCUGUAUACUCAUAUCGCGCUGAUGCAAGUUCUGUGGAAUACAUUAGUUAUGUGUUGCACUGGUUUUGUGAUUAUAAUUAUCAUUAGUUCUGGGGAAGAUACAGCGAAUUUGAUCAAAUCCGUGAGCUAUUAUAUGGCAAUAAUUCUGGAGGUCUUUAUAUAUUGUUUCGCAGGAGAAUUUUUGAGUGCCAAGAGUAAGUCGAUUGGCGAUGCAAUAUACGAGUCACUUUGGUACAAUCUGCCGCCAAGCGACAGUCGAAUUAUAUUAUUUAUGAUGUUAAGAUGCCAAAAGCGUUUGACAAUUACCGCCGGAAGAGUCAUGGAUUUGACUUUAGAGGGAUUUACAAGUGUAAGAUGUUAUGUUAUGAAUACAUUCUUAUUUAUAGUACAUGCCAUUAAACGAGGAUAAUUCUCUUUUAGAUUAUGAAGGCUUCGGUUUCCUAUAUAUCAGUAUUAAACGCGAUGUACUAAAAUUAGAAAAACUUUAGACCAUUAGAAUUUCUCAACCUAAAUAGUUUAAUCAAUAGUUCGUUGUCAUCGUUGAUUUACUGAAGUUGCACAAUUUAUGAACAUAUAAAAACAUAUUAGUAUAAAUAUUUUUAAUUUACUGAAUGAUUUAUAUUUUAUUAACAACAAUUACUUCAUAUCAAUAGGA